CGUACGUCCCGUAUCAGGUAAUCCUCGCUUGGUUCUCAUCUCCGUGCCCCAAAUCCUUAGGGUUUUUGUCCCCUCCCCUCUCUCAGAUUGAACGAGAAAUCAGGUGUUCUUCCAUUCGGCUAGUCAUGCAUGGCCUUUGAUGGAAUCCGAUCUGAGCCUGUUCGUUUUCCAUGUUACUGCUCCCGGUGGAACCGACCAAUCCCAAAGAUCAUGUAGAUGAUGGAACUUUUCGCGGUGUUCUUGUUUUUGAUCGCGGCUUACAACGAGAGGAAAGAGGAAUGAGUGGGAAACCCGGCCAGACGGCCGAAUUGAGGACGGCUGGCUUCGUCCGGCAGCCAGGCGUCGCCGAGGGCCAUAUGAUCGCGGAGGCCGACGCCAGGGCGAUGCAGACGUACGGGAACGACAGGGACAAUAAUGGCCGUGGCGACGGUGUGGAUGAAGAUUUCGACGGUGCUGUCGAAGGGGAGGGGAUGGAGGGCGACGCGCUACCCGAUCAUGGAGGUUUGGGGGAUCCACACGCGGUGGUCGUGCCUCCGGUCACCAGCAAUCAGCUCACCCUGUCGUUCCAAGGAGAGGUCUACGUGUUCGAUUCCGUCUCUCCUGAAAAGGUUCAAGCCGUGCUUUUGUUAUUGGGAGGGCGUGAAAUUGCAACUAACCCAGCUUCGAUUGUGUCAGCUUCCAAUCCACUGAAUAAGCGCUUGAAUUUCCCUCACAGAGUUGCUUCACUUAUGAGGUUUCGAGAGAAGCGGAAAGAGCGGAAUUUUGACAAGAAGAUACGGUAUGCUGUUCGGAAAGAAGUUGCUCUCAGGAUGCAACGGAAUAGAGGUCAGUUCACAUCAUCAAAAUCAAAGCCUGAGGAUGCAACUUCGUCUGUUACUAAUUGUGAGGGAAUCCAGCGGUGGGGUUCAAUCGAAGGUCGACCACCAUCAGCAGCUGUUUGCCAUCACUGUGGCAUCAGCUCGAAAUCUACUCCAAUGAUGCGCCGCGGACCUGAAGGACCAAGGACUCUAUGUAAUGCUUGUGGACUUAUGUGGGCAAACAAGGGUACAUUGAGGGACUUGUCAAAAAAUCCAUCUUUGCUUACACACAAUGGCCCUUUAGAAGGAAAUGAAGUGAACGGAGCCUCUGCACCUGUAGCUGACCAUCAGCCUCCCAAUACUGCCAAUGACCGCGACACAGCAUCAUCAUGAGGGGUAUCCUGGUUGGAAGGAAAGAUAAUUUUGAGGAGGGAAAUCUGUACUUUUAUAUUUAUGAUCUUAGAAAGCACCAUAUAUUUGCCUGUAUUAUAUCUUCUCAUGUUGUCUAUCUUGUGUUGAUGAUCAAGGACUAUUUGACAUUGUUAUGUGCCCUUUCUACCA